CGGGGCAGGCGGGAGGUGACUGAGAGAGGAGCCAUGGGAGCGCCGCAGCUGGUCGGUAGCGGCGGUCUGGGCUGCUGACCGCACAGCCGAGCUGGGAGCCCACGGCUGCGGCGGCGGCGGCAGCGGCGGCGGAGCGCCAGGCAGUUAUCUUCCAAUCUGAUAAAGUCUUCCAUGAAAACUUCACUUUAAAAAAAUAAGUAAUGCCAUCUGUUUUCCUAAAAGACUGAAAUGGGGGCUACCAUUUCAAGUUAAUGGAAAUUCAGGAAGUUUCAGUGACUUGCCAAAAUUCACAUACAGGGGCCCCAUGGUUAUGAAUGUGCUUCAAUUUCAUAAUGCCUCCUGCUAUGGCAGACAUCCUUGACAUCUGGGCAGUGGAUUCACAGAUAGCAUCUGAUGGCUCCAUACCUGUGGAUUUCCUUUUGCCCACUGGGAUUUAUAUCCAGUUGGAGGUACCUCGGGAAGCUACCAUUUCUACUAUUAAACAGAUGUUGUGGACACAGAUUAAUAAUUACCCAAUGUUUAACCUCCUUAUGGAAAUUGACUCCUAUAUGUUUGCAUGUGUGAAUCAAACUGCUGUAUAUGAGGAGCUCGAAGAUGAAACAAGAAGACUCUGUGAUGUCAGACCUUUUCUUCCAGUUCUCAAAUUAGUGACUAGAAGUUGUGACCCAGGGGAAAAAUUAGACUCAAAAAUUGGAGUCCUUAUAGGAAAAGGUUUGCAUGAAUUUGAUGCCUUGAAGGAUCCUGAAGUGAAUGAAUUCCGAAUAAAAAUGCGUAAAUUCAGUGAGGAAAAGAUCCAGUCGCUUGUGGGAUUGUCUUGGAUGGACUGGCUAAAGCAGACAUAUCCACCAGAGCAUGAAUCAUCCAUCCUUGAAAACUUAGAAGAUAAACUUUAUGGAGGAAAGCUCAUUGUGGCUGUGCAUUUUGAAAAUUGUCAGGAUGUUUUUAGCUUUCAAGUAUCUCCUAAUAUGAAUCCUAUAAAAAUAAAUGAAUUGGCAAUCCAAAAACGUUUGACUAUUCAUUGGAAGGAGGAUGAAGUUAGCCCCUAUGACUAUGUGCUACAAAUCAGUGGGAGAGUAGAAUAUGUAUUUGGUGAUCACCCACUAAUCCAAUUCCAGUAUAUCCGGAACUGUGUAAUGAACAGGACCUUGCCUCAUUUUAUACUUGUGGAAUGUUGCAAGAUCAAAAAGAUGUAUGAACAGGAAAUGAUUGCCAUAGAGGCUGCCAUAAAUCGAAAUUCAUCUAACCUUCCUCUUCCUUUACCACCAAAGAAACGAAUUAUUUCUCAUGUUUGGGAAAAUAACAACCCUUUCCAAAUUGUCUUGGUUAAGGGAAAUAAACUUAACACAGAAGAAAGUGUAAAAGUUCACGUCAGGGCUGGCCUUUUUCAUGGUACUGAACUCCUGUGUAAAACCAUCGUAAGCUCAGAGAUAUCAGGGAAAAAUGAUCAUGUUUGGAAUGAACCACUGGAAUUUGAUAUUAAUACUUGUGACCUGCCACGAAUGGCUAGAUUAUGUUUUGCUGUUUAUGCAGUUUUGGAUAAAGUGAAAACAAAGAAAUCUACUAAAACAAUUAACGCUUCUAAAUAUCAGACCAUCAGGAAAUCUGGGAAAGUGCAUUAUCCUGUAGCAUGGGUAAAUACGAUGGUUUUUGACUUUAAAGGGCAGUUGAGAUCUGGAGACAUAAUAUUGCACAGCUGGUCUUCAUUUCCUGAUGAACUUGAAGAAAUGUUGAAUCCAAUGGGAACUGUUCAAACAAAUCCAUAUACUGAGAAUGCAACAGCUUUGCAUAUCAGAUUCCCAGAGAAUAAAAAACAACCUUAUUAUUACCCUCCCUUUGAUAAGAUUAUCGAAAAGGCAGCUGAGAUUGCAAGCAGCGAUAGUGCUAAUGUAUCAAGUCGGGGUGGAAAAAAGUUUCUUGCUGUACUGAAGGAAAUCUUGGACAGGGAUCCCUUGUCUCAACUGUGUGAGAAUGAAAUGGAUCUUAUUUGGACUUUACGACAAGACUGCAGAGAGAACUUCCCACAGUCACUGCCAAAGUUAUUACUGUCGAUCAAGUGGAAUAAACUUGAGGAUGUUGCUCAGCUUCAGGCACUACUUCAGAUUUGGCCUAAACUACCUCCUCGGGAGGCCCUGGAGCUUCUAGAUUUCAACUAUCCAGAUCAGUAUGUUCGGGAAUAUGCUGUAGGCUGCCUGCGACAGAUGAGCAAAAGGAUACAGAGCAGAAUUGGCAAAGGAAAAAGAUUCAUGGGGCAAAGUCUGGAGGAAACCAGUGAUGAAGAACUCUCGCAAUAUCUUUUACAACUGGUGCAAGUUUUAAAAUAUGAGCCUUUUCUCGAUUGUGCCCUCUCUAGAUUCCUAUUAGAAAGAGCACUUGCUAAUCGGAGGAUAGGGCAGUUCCUAUUUUGGCACCUUAGAUCAGAAGUGCACAUUCCUGCUAUCUCCAUACAGUUUGGUGUCAUCCUUGAAGCGUACUGCCGGGGAAGCGUAGGGCACAUGAAAGUGCUUUCCAAGCAGGUUGAAGCACUCAAUAAAUUAAAAACUUUAAAUAGUUUAAUCAAACUGAAUGCAAUGAAGCUAAACAGAGCCAAAGGCAAAGAGGCCAUGCACACUUGUUUAAAACAGAAUGCUUACCGGGAAGCCCUCUCUGACCUGCAGUCCCCUCUGAACCCAUGUGUCAUCCUCUCAGAACUCUAUGUUGAAAAGUGUAAAUACAUGGAUUCUAAAAUGAAGCCGUUGUGGCUGGUAUACAACAACAAGAUAUUUGGUGAGGAUUCAGUCGGCGUGAUUUUUAAAAAUGGUGAUGAUUUACGACAGGAUAUGUUAACACUCCAAAUUCUGCGCUUGAUGGAUUUACUCUGGAAAGAAGCCGGUCUGGAUCUUCGGAUGUUGCCUUAUGGCUGCUUAGCCACAGGAGAUCGCUCAGGCCUCAUUGAAGUUGUGAGCACCUCUGAAACAAUUGCUGACAUUCAGCUGAACAGUAGCAAUGUGGCUGCUGCAGCAGCCUUCAAUAAAGAUGCCCUUCUGAACUGGCUUAAAGAAUACAAUUCUGGGGAUGACUUGGACCGAGCCAUUGAGGAGUUUACCCUGUCCUGUGCUGGCUACUGUGUAGCUUCUUAUGUCCUUGGAAUUGGUGACAGACAUAGUGACAACAUCAUGGUAAAAAAAAAUGGCCAGCUCUUUCACAUUGACUUUGGACAUAUUCUUGGAAAUUUUAAGUCUAAAUUUGGCAUUAAGAGGGAGCGAGUGCCUUUUAUUCUUACCUAUGAUUUCAUUCAUGUGAUUCAACAAGGAAAAACAGGAAACACAGAAAAGUUUGGCCGGUUCCGCCAGUGCUGUGAGGACGCCUAUCUGAUCUUACGCCGGCAUGGGAACCUCUUCAUCACCCUCUUUGCACUGAUGUUGACUGCAGGGCUUCCUGAGCUCACAUCAGUCAAGGAUAUACAGUAUCUUAAGGACUCACUUGCCUUAGGGAAGAGUGAAGAAGAAGCACUCAAACAAUUUAAGCAAAAAUUUGAUGAGGCACUCAGGGAAAGCUGGACUACUAAGGUGAACUGGAUGGCCCACACGGUUCGAAAAGACUACAGAUCUUAAUGACCAGCCUUUGGUUUCAUUUUCAUUUUGCACUUGCACUAAAUUGAACAUGACCCUACCAGAGAUUUUAUAAAGGGAAUGAAAUUCUGAAUCUCAGUUCAAUUAAGAACAAUGCAUCAACAGAACAAUCCCCAAUUACCACCCUCUGCUUUUUGUAUGCUUCCAAGAUUCAUCACGAAAACUGUCAACAUAAUGGAUAAUCAUUUCCUGCUGACUUUGCACGCCAAGGAAUGCUACUAGAGAUUGUUUUUUGUCUUUUUAAAUUUUAUUUUCAUUAUUUGGUACUUUUCCAAAAAGGUGUAAAUACUUCUUUUAUGAAUUGUGACCAAGUGUUAUCACUCAGCCAACUUAUCCAUGCCUGGGGACUGGUGGCUAUUCUUAAUUUCCAAAUGAGGCUUAAAAAACAGUAUCUUCCUUCCUUUUUAAAUUGUGUAAACUACAAAUUAUAAUAUAAUAUGAGAUUAUGAUUAUUUUUCAAAAGAAAUCUUUUAAACCUGUGGGAGCAUUAAUUCUUUUGUUGAUAUUUAUCUAUCGUGAUAGCAUCAUCUCAGUCAGACAUACUGAAAAUCUACUGGUGAGGCAAAUAUAAUAUAUUUGCUGCCUAUAUAUUUAUAAAAUUUCUAGUAGGAGUUCUGUAUAAAAAUAUGUUUUGUUUUGUUUUGUUUGUUUUCCUUCAGCCUCUGUUUUACAGAAAACAGAGCAUCUCCCUAAGUUACUUUUUAGUUAAUUAUGUGAUCCAGUUCUUCCAGCUGCUUCUGUACUGAGGCACACAUUAAUACAGAUUUUACUGUAUCUGUAAAAGAGUUCACUUCAUAGAGCAUAAUACUUGAGCAAAUGUAUCCAAGACAGAAAACAAAUGAAAAGGAAACUCUUAUGAAAUAAACUUUAGGCCUAAAAUUCAGUAUUUUAGUAAAAUGCCAGCUGUUCUUACUGUAUUUAUUAAAACUUAUAAUGAUGUGAUUUUUUUUUAAGGGUAUUAGUUGAAAAUGAAAUGGUUUCAUGGAAUUCUUUAAUUUAUUUGUUGAGGUACCAUAUAUUUAGGGUGCUAGAUGGCAAAUAAUGUUGUUAAUAUGUGCAAUAGGAACUACUGGUUUGAAUGUGUAAAUGGAUGCUCUUUCUGAGUACUGGCAACAUCCAGCAAAACUACUGCUUAUUUUCCAAAGACUAUUGGGAUCUCCAGUCCUCAAUGACAUGGGAAAGAAAACUGAGUAUUUGCCCUGCGACUGAGUUUUCUAUAGGAAUUUCAUUAAAGAUUGUUUAAUUUUGUUGUCUUC